AUGGCGACGAUAAUUCGUAAUGGGUUUUCUCUAGUAAGGAAAUCUAUUUUUCCUUCCUCUGCUCGAGCUAUUGCCACCACUAAACAGUUAAAUAUUAAAGAAAUAAGAGAACAAAAGGAUGGUUCCAAAUUGGUUAUUGAAGGAGUUACGCUGCCAUCACCCCGAGCUGAGCUACUUGUACGUGCAGAGAAAUUAACUCCGUCUGCGAUAGCUUCUGAAGAAAGUGAUGUGACGAAACCUUGUUAUUUGUGUGCUCUGGAGCUUGAUGUGAAACACACCGAUGUUCUGAUUCUCAGCCAAUUUGUAAGAUCAGACGGCUGCAUGCUACCACGACGAGUAACAGGAUUAUGUCGCCGUCAACAGAAAAAAAUUGGAAAAAUGGUGUCCAUGGCGCAAAAAGCAGGGUUAAUGAUAAAUUUGACACCUGCCUAUUGCAAGAAAGAUCCCAGAAAAAGAAAAGAUUACAAGAAAUUUAAUACUUACUUUGAUGAAAAAACUAUAUUUAUGAAAAGGAUUCCUGACCAAAACGAUCGUUUUAAACGAUAA